UUUACUGGUUUCCGAAAUUUGUUUGCAACGAAGAGUAAACAGCAGAAAUGUAUGCUGUUAGGAACAAGAAAUUACAAUGAACCCAGAAAAUUUGAAACCCAAUUUCCAUUUAAUUGAUGAACUUGAAGCUUCUUUUCAGAAUUGCACAGCAGCUGUAACCAGUCAAGAACACUUUAACACCCAAGACACAGAUGAGUUGAAGCCAGGAGCAGAGCAAACAUUCCAAAAGUUCCUAGAUUUAUGUAGACAGACAGAGGCGUUCUUCCUCAACAAAAGGCUGGUCUUGUCAAAGCAGAAACCUGAACAAGUCAUUAAAGAUGAAACUGAGGAUCUGAGAGCAGAACUUGAGAGGAAAGAUGCUCUAAUCAAACGUAACCAAGAAAAAUUACAGCAAUGGCAGACAUUAUUAAAUAAUAUUCAGAGGGGACCAGGUGGGAGCCUGCCUGGGUCACAUGGGGCUCAGAGCCAUCAACCCCAUCAGUCACAACAAAUGCACCCACCUCAUGGUUAUAAUGUUCAAGGAGGGACACAGAUGGCACCCAUGGGAGGAAGUCAAAUGUAUCAUCCUCACCAUGUUCAAGGUCCCCCACAGACUGUAGGAAUGAUGAUGCCUCCUCAGGGGCCUGGUCCUGGACAUCAGCCACCACCAGCAUACUCAUCACAGGUGCCAUCAGCAUUGGCCAGUCUGGAAACAAUGUCCAGUUUGGGAAUGCAGGAACGAAGAUAGUGCAAACUGUAUUUGAUAUUGUUUAUCAUGGCAGCUUUUCUAAACUGUUUUGAAUGAAAGACCAUUCCAGAAAUGAGUUUAGUUUGGGUGGGGAUGUGUUGGAGUCACUUAUAAUAGAAUGCUAUUGCUAGUUCUGUGUUUUCGAUUGAGUUACAGUCAAUUAAAAUUUCAUGCAUGAUGAUGGUAUACAGAAUGUGCCUCCUGACACCCCAGUGCAAUUUUUUCUGGAAUAGUCUUUAAGUCAUUUGUUUCACAUAAAAAUAAAUGUUGUAUUGAAAACAGACAUUGAAUGAAUAUAUCAUAUUGCUGGAUUUGAUCAGCAUUAAGUGAAGAUUUUAUUAAGAUUUUCAAUAAAAGUCUGUGUAGUGAA